AUUAGCGAAACCAAGGUAUCUUCAGUCGUAUUUUUAAAUUCGUCGGUAUACGCGUAGCUAAAACGUUGCUUAAAUGGUUUGCUUUUAAAUGCAUCAGUACAGCCCGGAAUACGCAUUCAUUCUUCCUCUGGACGAUGAUGACGUUAAACAUCCAGAGGAAGAAAGUUAUGUUGAUGACAGUGGUACUGAGACACCGUUGACUGGAAUCGAAAUUGAAAUUCCAAAACCAUCGAAAAGAAAACCAAAAAAUCAAAUUUCGAAUGAGCAAACUGAAGUGAAAGAAGUGACGUUCAGUCAAAAUGUUUGGAAAUUAAUGUGGUAUGUGAUACGAUGGCACAUAUUGGCAUAUUUGAUUAUAUUUGGAACAUUUUAUCCAUUGUUUCACUUCAUCCUUGAUAACGAACAAAAGCAGAUCAUUUUGCAAGCCUUAGCAUUUUGUGAUGACUGGAAGCAACUUAUCUUCUUCUUCGGCAUGUAUGUAACGUUUGCCGUAAAGAAAGUGAGCGAUAUUAGCAGUAAUAUACCAGCAACAGACAAAAUAGCGAACCUCUUGUCCAUUUGCUCGAAAAGUCACCGUACUCAAAAGGCAAUAAUAAAAUACGUUUGCACCGCCAUUGCUAUGGUGUUCAGCUGCUUAAGUCCAAUGGUACGUAAAAGACUCUAUUCAUCUGAAACCAAAAUCAAAGCACAAUUAGAAGCGCACAGUCGACGAAUAAUUGAAAAUGUCGAGAAGAAGCUGCUUCGUUUAAGCUCCAGUCAUUUUAUGUGUUUGAAGUGGGCGCUAAAUGUUAUAAUUGAAGGUCGCGACAAAAAAGACAUUGACGAUCGUCUCGCAAACAUUUUAAUCACCGAAAUAAAUAACCUGCACGCCCAAUGUGACCGCCUUGUUGUUCUGAAGCAUGAAACGUUUUCGCGAGGUUUGACAAUGUGUGCUAUUACCUCGGUGUACACAUAUUUCAUUGUUGGUGCAGUGCGACAACUUUGGAAUGGCAUAAUGGAAAGUCAUGCGUCGUACAUUUUGACAAUAUCGAUGAUCGUUAACUUUUUGGUAUUCCUGAGUUUUCUGUUGGUUUUAAGGUACUCCGAACAGAUAAUACGACCGUACAACGACGAGCAUGACGUUUUCGAGUUGAACCGGAUUCUGAACGAGAAGCUGGAAGUCGCUUCUUUUGUGCUGGACAAAGAAUAUGACUUACGAAAGCGAAUGGGCAAUCGGAGCCUGUUACCAUGACGAAGCAGACUUUGAACGUUAUCAUUGUUUUGCAUUUUAUAUUUUAAAAAAUAAAUUAAUUUUAUAACAUAAAAUU